CCGCUGCUGCAGUACCUCUGGGCACCGCUAGUCGAGCUAGUGACACUUCUUCUUCCUCCUCCUCCUCUACCUCUGCGUGACACGGUUGGAGUGUGUGCAAGUCUCGGACGAAUCCACGCCGCAUCACCAUCUCCUUCAUAUCCCGCUCAAGUCACCUCAGCGCGCGCGUGUCGGUAUUUUUCAUCUCCCGGCUGUGAAGAUGAUGAGAGGUGGAAAACGAGGAGCCGCAGUCAUGUCCUUCUCUCUGGCGAUAGUGGGAGCGUUGAUGCUGCAGUGUGUCUCCUCUCAGAACGAGCCUUCAAUCGCCACCUCCGAACAAAUCACCCUUCCUGUGGAAGGUAACGUUCUCAUGCUGCAGUGCAACCUGACCGCCGCCAAUGGUGUCCAUGAGGAGAGCUACUGGAUGAAGAAUGGCGAGGAGAUCCAAGAGACGCGCAGUCCAAAUAAAAACACAGAGUACAGGCUGAACAAACCAAGGGCAGAUGAUGCUGGAUUGUACAUGUGUGUCUUCACCUUUGAGAUGGGUCUUCCAGGCAAUGCCACCAUCGAAGUCAAAUCUGCUCCUGAGAUUGUAAGCCACAAGCGUAGUGAGAAUAAGAACGAGGGCCAGCGCGCUGUGCUCUACUGUAAGUCUGUGGGAUAUCCUUACCCUGUCUGGACCUGGUGGAAGUUCAAGAACGGCAUAUUUCGGGAAAUUGACAACUCGACCGAACGCCACUUUGUCAUGAGCAAGGACAACUACACCGAGCUCCACAUCGUCAACCUGGACAUUAAUUUAGAUCCAGGCGAGUUUCACUGCAAUGCCACCAACAUGAUCAGCAGCCGCGACGAGAAGUCUGUGCUGAGGGUUCGCAGCCACUUGGCCCCCCUGUGGCCUCUCCUGGGGGUUCUGGCCGAGAUCAUCAUCCUGGUCAUCAUCAUCGUCGUUUAUGAGAAGCGCAAGAAGCCGGAAGAUUUACAAGACGAUGAUGACCCAGCUGGACCAGUGAAAACUAAUUCGACCAACAACCACAAAGACAAGAACCUCCGCCAGAGGAAUACAAACUGAGCAGCUUGUCUGCUGAGUGUCAUGACACAUGUAUUAACCAUAUGAAGGUAAACAAGAAGAGAAUCCAUACCAUUUGAUAACGGGAUGUGUCUGCCAUUAAACGUAUGGUUGUGGGGGAGUUCACUGAGGCAUGCCUUAUGAUUGUUGUGCUACGGUGUGAGGUCACGAGGUACUCGAAGCAUUGUGGGAUUGUUGACAUUAUAACCAUUGUUGCUGCAUGCAGUUGUUGACGUUUAUGAUUUGUUAACCUCUUAAUCACUUACUUUACAUUUUUACUUCUUCUUAAAUAAUGCAUGCAAGAUGUUGACCUUCUGUUUGACACAGAAAUGGCUUCUUUUUUCUUUUUGUUUCUCUGAGAGUGGCUUUAUGUAGAUACUCUGUACUGUGUUAAAAAGGGAAAAUCAAAACUCAGCAAUGUAAAAGAAAAAUACCACCAUACUCCGGUAUGGCAGUUGUGUACAGUUUUAUCCUUCCACUGCAUACCGUUUUCAAGGUUUCAUCCUUUUACCCGACAAUAUGUAUUACAUUUUAAGGGCUUCGCAAUGUCCCUCUAACUUUAAGGAUUACUUUACUAUAUGUAUGUACUAUAUGUAUUAAAUCACUAUAAGUGUGUAUCAGACGACCAUUAAUAUAAAGAAUAUUCAUAUUAUAUGAUGCACUUCAAAAAUAGUGGACAUACUGUAUAAACACCUACUUUAGCAGCUCUAUUCUAAUCAUUUGACAUUAUUUUAAAUGUAUGUGCAUUGUACAGCAUGGCUAUUUACCCUAUGCAAUUAUUCUCCAUAUCAGUAUCCUGAAAGUCAUUACAGCUUUUGAUUUCUCUGUGAUGAAGCUUUAAACUAGUAGGAUCACCGUAGAGCAUUGAUGGCAUACUACACAGCUGCAUGAAUUAUGUGGACAGUGAAAGAAGGUCCAUGUCAGGACUGACACACAUGAAGCAAUUCCAAAUAUCAGAGUCAUUUUUAGGAAUAAAGGUCUUGAAAAAGAAAA